GUUAUUGACUCAUCGGCUUUGCAGCUGUCUCCUAGUCCUCUCCAUGAAGAGUUUUUGCCGGAGUUUUUGCAUUAUCAUAUUUCGGGCUGUGCAUUGAUUGGAAUUCAGAAUCCCAUCUACCAUUCCAGUUUUUACUUCUUCCAAAAGUUGGUGUGUUUUAUCAAUCAGCAUUUUUUGUAGACCACCAAUACGGUACCAGAGCUUCGAUCCACUUCAUUCAGUUCUUCACUUCUUUUUAAAAAGAAUGGAUUUCAUAUUAGCUAUGCGAGUUAGAUUGGAUAUUUCAUUCUUUCCAUGAAGAGUAGGGAGUGGGAGCAAGAAUCAGAUACACAAUCUGAGAGACCCGACAGAAUACCUGGUUGUAAACGAACAAGGAUUGUGAUUGAGAAUUUAUGGGAAGAUAGAGCAGAGUCCAGUGAUGGAGUGGGGCUGCAGAUGACCCUCUUAUUCUUCUCUAGCCGUGCCUACAGGUUUCGAGCCUCCAGUUUCUCCAUUGCCCAAUUUCAUAGCUUUACUGACGGAGGGUCACGCGCUCGAUCUUUUUAUGACAGAGAGGUAAUACGAAACCCGGAGGCUUGGCUAGCGAAGGUUGUUUGCACUCUAUUUUUUCGAUCGCAUUCCCUGAAUGGUUGCUUUGGUUAUCUGAGUAGGAACUUGACCCCCUCAAUCGCAUUCGAGGUUAUUAAGCGGUUUAAAGAUCCAAUACUGGGUUUGAAGUUUUUUGAGUUUAGUAGAGCACACCUAAGCAUUAAUCAUAGUUUUAAUACCUAUGAUUUGCUUAUGAGGAAUCUCUGUCAAAUGGGUCUCCAUGGUUCUGCAAAAAUGGUGUUUGAUUGUAUGAGGUGUGAUGGCAUUUUGCCGGAUAGUUCCGUUGUAGAACUAUUGGUGUCUUCGUAUGCUCAAAUGGGAAAAUUAGAUUCUGCCAAAAUUUUCCUUAAUGAGGUUCACUGUUACGGUAUUAAAGUGAGUCCUUUUGUAUACAAUAAUUUGUUGAAUUUGUUAGUCAAGCAGAACCAAGUAGACGAAGCUGUCCUACUAUUUAGAGAGCACUUGGAACCAUAUUUUAUUCCGGAUGCUUACACUUUCAAUAUUAUAAUUAGAGGGUUGUGCAGAAUAGGAGAAAUCCAUAAGGCUUUUGAGUUUUUCCAGAAUAUGGGAAAUUUUGGUUGCUUUCCUGACAUAGUUUCAUACAAUACGCUUAUAAAUGGGUUUUGUAGGGUUAAUGAGAUUAGUAAAGGGCAUGAUUUGCUUAAAGAAGUUCAGUCAGUGAAAGGGGUUGCCCCAGAUGUUAUUACCUACACAUCAAUUAUAUCAGGCUAUUGCAAAUUGGGUGAUAUGAAGGCAGCUUCUGGGCUUUUAGAUGAGAUGGUUGGUUCUGGAAUCAAACCCAACGACUUCACUUUCAAUGUCCUCAUUCAUGGUUUUGGUAAAGUUGGAGACAUGAUAUCUGCUUUGGCCAUGUAUGAAAAAAUGCUUCUUCUUGGCUGUCCACCAGACGUGGUUACACUGACUUCCCUAAUUGAUGGCUAUUGCCGGGCAGGUGAAGUGAACCAGGGUUUGAAGCUCUGGGAGGAGAUGAAAGUAAGAGGCCUGUCUCCGAAUGUGUAUACCUAUGCUGUUCUUAUCAAUGCUCUUUGUAAGGAAAAUAGAAUACAGGAGGCGAGAUUUUUUUUGAGGCACUUGAAAUUGAGUGAGGUUGUUCCCAAAACAUUUAUAUAUAAUCCUGUGAUUGAUGGGUUCUGCAAGGCUGGGAAGGUGGACGAGGCAAAUGUGAUAGUGGCUGAGAUGCGGGAGAAGAAAUGCAGCCCUGAUAAAAUAACAUUUACCAUUCUCAUUAUUGGCAACUGUAUGCAAGGGAGAAUGGUCGAAGCAAUUAGCAUUUUUUAUAAGAUGUUGGAAACCAACUGCAUUCCAGAUGAAAUAACCAUUAAUUCUUUGAUAUCUUGCCUUCUGAAGGCUGGAAUGCCUAAUGAAGCCUCUCAAAUCAAGCAAGCUGCGGUAGAGAACCUGAACCUGGGGUUGUUAUCAUUGAGAAAUCCGCUUGUGAGAAAACCAUCAUGCGUGCCAAUUGCUGUUUGAUGAGGUCCAUAAUGAUAGUGGACUAAGAAUUUUUGGCCCGCAACGACUGGGAAGUGCUUUCUUCUUCUUUGCCAGAUCACAAAAAGCAAGUGAAGGAUGAGACGAGUAGACUAAGAGACGGCCAAUACUGAUUCGAGUUCUUCACCAAAGGGUGUAAAGCUCACUGUCUGAAUUCAACAACAAUUUCUUUAAACACGCGGAGUAGAGGCAAAACCUUUUGAAUUAUGAAUUUGAAAAAUGAUGGAAGAGGUGUGCUGAAGCCGAUGUGGAUGACGGUGAAGCAUUGUGAUGAGAAGUGCAGGAUGCAAGACCAUUAGGCAACAAUAUUCCUUGGAUUGAUUGCCCUUGUCCUCUCACUGUUUGUGAUAAAUUGUAUGAUUGGUGGUGAUUGGGGGAGAGUUUCAUAGGUUAGUGAGUUGAAGAAUGCCGAUGAGCAUAGACCAAACGAUAAGUCUGCUAACUCCCAUGCUUUAAUCUUUUGUGGUUUAAGAAAGGGAGGCUGGGGAUUGGUAAAGGUUUCUGCUAAUGUACAUAGUUCAUUUCAUUUCGCUUUUUAAAAUUAUAAAAUAAAUAUAAGGUUCGUUAUUUUUGCUGAGCUGGUUUGAUUCAGCUUGAGUGGGACCACUCUGGUUUGAUCUGAACUUUAAAAGCAUGACGAUACUUUGGUACAGUUGCUAUGGUGGCACCAUCCAGAUGAACAGAAUUACAAAAGAGAUGACUUACGAGGAAAAAAGAAAAUCCCCAGCAUUUCCUAUUUGGGCAGGGCAGUAAAUGAAUGAUAUGUUCAUAAAACAGAUCUGAUCCAUAUCAAUCCACAGGUACCAGUGUAUCUGAUUUGUAAGUCAACUUUGGAGGGUUUUUUUGUUGACCGUCGUGGGCGGCGGCGGCUAGCAGGUAGCACGGUGAUGCAGCUGCCGCCGUUUGAGACCGUUUUCAGUCGGUGCCAACUCAAACGCGUUAACUUUUGUCUUCUAAUUAAUUAGUUUUUAAUUACUACAAGCUGUAAAAUGGAAGUGGUGAGAAAGUAGCAGUGUUUCGUCUCUACCACGUGUUGUUUUGUUAGUAAAUGGUAUUGGGAACAGAAAUAGGCUGCAGUUGAAAGUGUAGAAUUUUAUGAAAUGCUCCCAAUUCAUUUAUGUAAUUAGGACUUCGACUUAUGGAGGCUGCUUAGGGAAAAGUUUUGUCGUUGUCAAAUUAUGCCUUCUAGUUCUCCUUUCACGCGUUUUUACAAGUUUUAUUGUAAAAAGAAUUCCAUUUUAGAUUUA